AAUAUUUUUAGCGCCAAAACACUGACAACCUCUUCAGAAACGAAUACUAUUUUUAAUUUGUACUUGUGAAAGAAAUCUACAGUAAAUAAAGUGAAAAUAUGAAGUUCGCUAUCCCAGAAAUAUCAUGGCACAACAGGGACCCCGUACUUAGCGUAGAUUUCCAGCCUAAAGCAGAUCCAAGUGAACCAUUACGACUUGCCACUGGAGGAACCGAUUCCCAUGUUUUGAUUUGGUACAUUUCAACAACAGACACAGGAUCUGUGAACCUAGAAGUAGCUGCAGACCUGACGCGCCACCAGAAAGCCGUGAACGUGGUGCGAUGGUCACCUAACGGACAGUACUUGGCGUCGGGAGAUGAUGAGUCCAUCAUAUUCAUUUGGAAGAAGACUGAUAAGGAACCAACACCUGCUAUGGAGCAGAUGGAAGAACAGUAUAAGGAGUCAUGGGUUAUUCACAAGACAUUACGAGGGCACAUGGAGGAUGUGCUGGACAUAUCCUGGAGUGCCAACUCCCUGCACCUGGCUUCAGGGUCAGUGGACAACAAGCUGCUGAUCUGGGACCUCAACCGUGGACGGUACAGCAGCAUCCUCACUGACCACAAAGGGUUUGUGCAGGGAGUCUCCUGGGACCCUAAGGGACAGAUGAUUGCUACAGCUAGUACUGAUAGAGUAUUCCGCACAUUCGAUGUGACAACAAAGAAGGUGACAUCUCGCAGCAGUAAAGCAAUCCUGCCGUUCCCUGCUGGCCAUGUGCUCCACGACGUCAAAGUGCGGCUUUACCACGACGAUACACUGCAGACUUACUACAGGAGACUCCAGUUCAGCCCCGACGGGCUGCUGCUGGCAGUACCGGCGGGGCGCGUGGAGCCCGAGCAGGGCAAGGUGGACAUCAAGCCCAUCAACGCUGUCUACAUCUACACCAGAUACUCCUUGAAAGUUCCAGCCUGCAUCCUGCCUUGCGGUGAGGCGGCGUUAGUAACGCGCUGGUCGCCGCGCCGCUACUCCGCGCGGACGGGCGGACCGACCCCCGCGCUGCCCGCGCCCGCGCGGAUGGUACUGGCGGUGGGCACUAAACGAUCUGUGUUACUGUAUGACACACAGCAGAAGACACCUAUCGCGCUUAUCAAUAAUAUUCAUUAUACGAGGCUGACAGACCUGACCUGGUCUCCCGACGGGCUGACCCUCGUAGCUUCCAGCACGGACGGCUACUGCUCCGUCAUCACCUUCACAGCGGGCGAGCUGGGGGAAGUGCUGCCUGAUGAAGUGGCUCCAGAACCAACCAGUGCAGUCCCAGAACCAAUGGAAGUUGAAGAGCAGCCAGCAGAACCAGCAAAGGUAGAAGCAGAGAAACCCAAAGAGGUGAAAGAAUCUAAACCAGUCGGCAAGAUAGAUGCCUUCAUCAAAUUCAAGGCGCCCGAAAAGUCUCCUAAGAAGCAGAAAGUUGAACCUCAACAGAAGACACCGGUCAAAAUCGACGUGCUAGAAGAAGUUGCAAUGCCAUCCUGGUCAGAUAACAGCAACAAUGAAAUAAUCAAGCCCAAAGAGACAGAAGCUAGUAAAGAUUCAGAAAUAAUGGUCAUAGAAGACAGUGAGGAUAUCAAAUUAGUUUAUGAAGAAACUCAGGGAGGUAAAUCGUCUUCAACAUCACCAGAUUCGCCGAAAGACACGAAGAAUGCUGAAAAAAGUACAAAAGUGAGCCCUCCUAAAACUGCUAAGACUGAAGAGAAACCUAAGGAACCAGUUACUCCUAAAAGUUCUAAUACCAAAGUUGUCAGUCAGCCAGGUACUCCUAAAAGUACAUUGAAUGAGAACAACUUCUUCAAACAAGCUAAGGUGACCGAUGUGAAGGAUCAGGCUGUGAAGUCUGCUCCGAGUCCUAAAGCGCCUAGGCGGGUCAGUUUCGUCACGUUAUCUAGCCCCAAGAAUGCUAAGAAGAAAUAGUUUUGUAUAUGUGUUAAUAUGUUCCUAAAUAUGUUUUGAUGUCUUGGCAUAUAAUGUGAUGAAAUUGAUAUGGGAAUAUAACUUUGCAUGGAUUUUCAAAAGUUUGUGGUGCUGAAUUUUUAAAUCUCCAAUUGCGCCAAACAUGUAAUUUUGAUCAAUUGUUAUUUUAAACAUAUUAAUCUCCGUUUUUAAAACUAAUUUAAUAUUAUAGAAAUAAAUUGUAAAUGUAAUUUAAGGUUUUAGCUUGUAAAUAAAAGACUUAUGUAAAAGUAAACAUUUAUAAUAAAUAUUUACAAUUCAA